AUGGCAGACCCGACCCUGCGCGGACUCGGCGAGAAGCACGGCAAGACGGCGGCGCAGGUGCUGGUGCGGUACAGCCUGCAGAAGGGAUGGGUGCCGUUGGUCAAGAGUACGUCUGAGGCGCGGAUGAGAGAGAAUGCCGACGUGUUUGACUUUGCGCUCGAGGAGGAGGACAUGAAAAUGCUCGACGGGCUGGAUCAGGGCAAGGAGGGCUCUCUCUGUCCGCAUCUCAUUCAUUAA